CACAGCCCCGCUAUGAUCGCUUCUCUUCGCUUCAUCCUCCAUUUUGCCGCGUCUGCCUCUGUUUGUCUCUUCCUCACCUCCUUUGCUGUCUCCUUGGGUCCGCUGUCCCAGUCCCGCAUCUGCUCGUCGCACCGUUGGUCGUCCGUGUCCCGUGUUCCGUCUUUUGGCUGCGUGGCUCCCCUGUCCCUCGCCGUCCCCUCAGCUUCCAAGUACUUUGCGUAUCUUGUUUCGGCCCCCCGUCUGGACGACUGGAUUUGUAGGACGCGUGUGAGUUCGCUGUUCACCAUGUCGUCUUCCUUUGUUGCUGAGCUCCGUUCCUUUGUGCCACCGUCGCUCUGUUGCGUCUGCCCUGACGUUGUCCUGGUGGGUUGAGGGAGUGGCUUCUCCGGGGGUUGUUGGGUCGGUUGGGCGUCCUGCGGUAUGUCCCUUGUUGUGGAUGGCUCGCACGCUGUGUAACCAUGGUUUCCCUAGGAUCACGUCGAACGCCCCGCCGCUCUGGAACACCUCAAACCACGCUCCCGUUGUUACGCCGCUCACUGACACUUGGCCCCACCACCGUCCCUUUGGUGUGAUCCGUUCACCGCUCGCUACCUUGAGGAUCGUUUUCGAUGGAGCCAGCUUGCCCAAGCACUGCCCGUACUGUGCCCACCGCUCUGCCGAGAUACAGUUGCGCAUGGCACCGUUGUCAAUCUGCGCCGUUAAGCGGACUGUGUUGCCUUCAUCACUGGCGAGCCGGAUUCGCUGGUAGAAUGGCUCGACGGCGGUGUCUGGGUCGGAUCCCACACUCAAUAUAGCGCUCGGCAGGGGUGCCUUGUACUCGAGAAUCCGUGUAUUCGUUGGUCGGCCUAAUACAAAUGGUAUUUCCAAGCUGGUGUCCCGUGUAAAAACUUCCCGGCGCCUCCGUGUUGAAUGGUCUCUUUCCGGGGGAUUUGAAGAGUUCGGAGCAACACCCCCCCCUACAAGUUCUCCGAAUAUGGCGUUGAUUGGCACCGCCCCCAUCUGUCGGGGAGGGAACACUAUCGAGUGGACCCAUCGCCGGAUGUUCGACUCAAUGGUUGGUAGCGGUAGCGGUGCGGCGCAGCUUCCAGCGCCAUGGGGUGGGUCCCGCAGGCCGCAGCGGUAGCAUUCCCGCGAUCCAGGUGGGAGUGUCCCCGGCGUAAACGGGAACAUGAGCACGUCCUUGUUGCCGGUCUGCCAGGCGGCGAAGUCCGUUUGGUACUUGCGGAGUCCUUGCGCGUCUUUCGCAUACAGUCGUGCCUGUCCAUUGGCCUGUCGUGCUCAUAUGUGGGGGUUGUUGUCGCACCGGCGUUGUUGGUGUGAACAUCGGGCGUGCCUGCUGUGCCUGCUGUUGUGACUGUGUCGGCGUCGCCUGUGUCAUGAACAUGGGGGCCGGAAUGCGCAUGUUCGAUAGCUGGAAUGUUUGCCGCUGGCGUGGUCGGGUCGGGGAGAGAAUAUGGGUGACGUCCAGGGCAUGCGCCAGGCUGGCUACUAUGGAUUCGGCUCCUUCUCGUUUUGAGCCUGCGGUUGUCGUUGGGCCUUCCUGUUGCUCUAUCCGGUUCUCCGCCAUCCAAUCGUUAAUGGCGUAGAUCGAGAUCGCCUCAAAAGCCGCAAACCAAGCGUCCCAUGUCUUUUUCGUCGCCUCCUCCGAGAUCAAGCGACAGAAGCCGGGGGGCAGAGUGGCCCGUAUCUCACCCAUCAGCAGCAUCGAUGGGUCGCCCCCUUGUAGGUCGUUGACAAGGCGUCUCGCGAUCUGUGCCCACGCCCGAUGCGCUGGGAUGCGCGUCCCAUCUUCGUCUUCCACCAUCUCUCCUACUGCCUUUGCCUCCAACACGUUCUCUUUUAGGUCUUUCAUUACCUCAGAGUUCUCCCGUGCGGUGUACAAUGGUGGCGGCCACUUCUUUUCGAAGGCUGCCGUGAUCCGCGGCCAGUCCGUUUUGUCUGUCGCUGGUAGCGCCUUGUACCAGACCUCCGCGGGGCUCCCUGGGUACAACGCCCGUUCGAACCUCCACCUCUUUUCGUCGUCCUUUGCAUCGAAUUUCCACAUCUGUUCUAUUUGUCUCAGCCAGACAUUCGCUUUCUCGGCCGUUCCGUCGCCCUUGAAGAGUUCUGUUUUCGGGCCCAUCCUGUGUUCGUCCUCGUCUUCUGGUGUUGGUGUUGUUUGUAAGCUGCGGGGUGUCGACUCUUGCGUCUGACUCUGAGACAGCCCAGUUGUCUGAUCUUCGUUGGUGUUGCUGGGUUCUGAUGACGCUGUUCUUCGUGCUAGGCGAAGUCGUCGAAGCUGUCGUUGGGCUUCUCGUGUGUUCUUUUCAAGUGCGUGCGUGGCCUGGAUGCGCUCGUAUUGGCGGAGUUGUCGGUCCGAGAGGUACGACGGUGUUUCAGGUGCCAGGGUGUGGAAUUCGAUCCCUCCAAUCACCAAGUGGAGUCGUCUCCGGAAUGUGCGUGUGAACUAGGACCCACGCCAGGUGCCAGCAGAUGCCCGGGAGGUGGGAGAAUCAGAUGAAUGAAUGAUGAUGACUAAGGUGUGCUCUAAACUAGGGAACGCCGGCUCUAGACUCCCGGCACAGCCACAGCGUUGCGGGGAGAACGAACUGGAAGUGCAGCUCGACGAAAGUCCGAGUGUGACUUUUUUCACUUGCCAAAGGUUGUGUCAGGAGAAACGGACUCAAGAUUAUCGUGCUUGCUUACUCAUGCAGUACGCUCAUCAACAUUCAUGAUGUCAUGUAAACCUCGGGGGCCGACAUCCGGUCUGGUUGAGAAUAACCUCGCGAGGCACCUCCUCUAGUCGUGCUCAAAGACUCGGGGAAACUGAAGUCCUCUAAUCUGGCCGGCCGAAUCGUCCUUCUCUCCGCCUAUAUCCGCAUGCGGCCGCUGAUGACCAUGUCCGCCCUCGCCGUUCCCAUUGUUGUCUAUCUCGAACGCAGGUCUUGCCGGAUCGGAGUCUCCGCGGAUAUAAAUCCGAUGGCGAAUCCAGCCAGUGUGCCUGCUUGUGCGAGCAUUCAGCCCGUCAAUGGCCUGCGGCUACAGGCUGACAGCGAGACUCGGAUGGCGCCCAGCCUAUGAUGUGUGAUGCCCUGCUGAGGGUUUUAUCCAGCCGUGCGGUAUAAAUUCUGAGCGCGGUCCGUUUAGCAGAUCUCACAUCCGGCGUUGGAUCCCAUCUCCCUCCCUCCCCAGGCACCCCCGCCAGAACCAGCGUGAAUAUUGCUCAGAAGCAUGGCCGCCCCGGGAACCACGACCUCGUCGCGAUACGUCCUGCCUGCGGUCUCCGCUGAGAAAGAACGUCUCGAACGUCAAUAUCACAUGACCAAAACCAUCUACGGCUGGAAGCGGCCUGUCCCCAACUGCGUCGAUCUGUCCGGCAUCACGAACGUAAUCGAUGUCGCGACGGGAACUGGGAUCUGGUCGUUCGAUAUGGCUGCGCACUGCCACUCGACGUCGCGCAGGCCGGUGCGCGUCUAUGCGUGCGAUAUCAAUCCCGCUAUCUUGCCGUCCCAGCAGGCGACGGAGCCGUGGGGCAUCCAGGCAUUUGUGCACAACGUCACCACGGCCUUUCCAGAGCAUCUUCACGCCAAGUUUGAUCUCGUGCAUAUGAGUUUCCUGGCGCUGUGUCUGACUGAAUCCGAGUGGGAGAACGCACUCGACAACUGCCGAUCGCUGUUAAAGCCCGACGGAAUCCUGAUACUGAAGGAGAUCGACCCUAUAUGUCUCUCCGAGGAUCAGUACGACGCGCGGACGCGCAUGCACAACCCAGCACUCGACGAUCUGCACCAGUACCUCCGCGGUCCAGACUGGAAGCAGCUCGCCAACCGCUUCUACACCGAAUUCGCGCUCAAGAACGAGUUCGUCGUCGGAUUAUCCCAUCGGCUGCCGAAGAUGCUCGCCCGCGCGGGCUUCGCCCUCGCGAAUUCGUACUACGCGCCGCUCGCCGUGGGGAGCGUGUGCCGCUCGCGUGUCGGUGCGACGGGGCUGCCGCUGGCGGAAUACGACGCGCUCACGACGGCUAAUCUGCUGUUCAUCCUGCGGCACACCGCGCGGUCGAUGCUCGAGCGCGGGAUCUUCCCCGAGGACCUCGACCAGGGCCGUUUGGAGGAUGUGUUCGACGAGGUCAGGGCGGGGUUGGACAGCGAGGGAUGCCUGGUGCCUGCGUUUUGUUUGGUUGCUAGAAGAAGUGGAACGCAAGAUGAAUCAGUGUAUAUCUGCACACAUAACGUGUAAUGUAGGCUUUUCCGUGACUGCUCGCCAUCCACAAUCGACGAUUCCAG